CAAAUUUCCCGAAGAAUUCGUGGGCCUACCCGUCGUCAACCUUCCAUUGCCCCCUCCACGAUCACCUUCCCCUGCAAAAUCACUCCUUGGUCGAGUUCACAACAAUGACCUCGCACGACCACAUCGGAUCGCACGUUUGACGAUCCCCGGCGAAAACCCAUCUGCUCAAUUGCGGCCGCCGACCGGAAAAAUCCAGUCUUUUUCGAGUUCGGAGCUCCGUCGAUGUCCCAGCCGAAGGCCAUCUCCCACUUCGACCUCGCGCCCUCCACGCCGGGGAAGCUGAAGCCCGACCGGCUCUCGGCCUACAUUCACCGCCUCCGGUUCCAGGCCCCCCUCUUCAAGCUUACCAUCGGGUCGGCCCUGUUUCUGGGCCUCGUUGUCUUCCUCGUCGUCUCCUGCUCCCCGUCGGCGCCGCCCCCGCCGUCGCCCCGGCGGAUCCUCGGCGACUCUCGGGGCGGGUCAUACUGGGAGAGGCGGGUCAGGUCGUCGGCGCGGGCGCGGGCGCGCGCCGGCCACGUCGUCCUGGUCACCGGCGCGUCCGGCUUCGUCGGGACCCACGUGUGUCUUCACCUCAAGCGCCGCGGCGAUGGAGUGGUCGGGCUGGAUAAUUUCAAUGAUUACUAUGAUGUGGAGCUCAAGCGGGCACGGCAGACGUUGCUUGGUCGAGCCGGGGUCUUUGUAGUUGAAGGAGAUAUCAACGAUAGAGAGCUUAUGGAGAAGCUUUUUGAUAUGGUUGCGUUUACUCAUGUAAUGCAUUUAGCUGCACAGGCCGGCGUGAGGUAUGCUAUGAAGAAUCCUGCAUCUUAUGUGCAUAGUAAUAUUGCAGGGUUUGUGAAUUUGUUCGAAGUGUGCAAGUCGGCGAAUCCACAGCCGGCGGUUGUGUGGGCAUCAUCGAGUUCGGUCUACGGCCUCAACUCGAAGGUGCCGUUCUCCGAGAAAGACAGGACUGAUCAGCCUGCGAGUCUGUAUGCCGCGACAAAGAAGGCGGGUGAGGAAAUUGCUCAUACUUAUAAUCACAUUUAUGGUCUCUCAAUCACUGGUUUGCGGUUCUUCACGGUCUAUGGACCAUGGGGUCGGCCGGACAUGGCUUAUUACUUUUUUACUCAGCAUAUACUGCAAAGGAAGCAGAUUGAGAUCUUUGAAGGGCCUCAGCAUAGUUCUGUAUCUAGGGACUUUACUUACAUUGAUGAUGUUGUUGAGGGUUGUUUGGCGGCUUUGGACACAGCAAAGAAGAGUACCGGGAGUGGAGGGACAAAGAAAGGUUCCGCACAGUUCCGGGUUUAUAAUUUGGGGAAUACUUCGCCAGUGCCGGUGACAAAACUCGUGAGCAUAUUGGAGAAGCUUUUAAAGGUGAAGGCCAAGAAAAAGUUGUUGCCGAUGCCCAGAAAUGGGGAUGUGAAGUUUACGCAUGCGAAUAUUAGUUUGGCUCAGAGGGAACUCGGCUAUAAGCCUACCACGGAUUUGGAAACUGGACUGAAGAAGUUUGUGAAGUGGUACCUUGAUUACCAUUCGGAUCUGAGGAAGUAUUCCUCGUGAAAUCUCCCCAGUUUUGCACUUUAGCACGGUUUUCAUUUGUAUGAGGUUGGCCAAUAGAUUGACAUUUUGAUUGAUCUUUCGCCUUGAGUUUUGCACUGCAAUCAAUAAAGCGUUGUCCAAAGAUGAGACCUUUGGUGACAUUUUGAGAUGGUGAUGACUCUUUGUGGAGGAUUCGAGCUGUUUCAGUUAAAAGUUAUAAGUGAUAUUGGCAUCCUUCUUCCUUUUUUUCAGGACACAAUAACAGAUAAGAAAUUUUACAGUCCAUGGACAUCUGUAUUGAUUGGUUUUGAUUUGACCCCUUUUAUUAAUCUCAAGCAAUUCCCUCCAAAUUCCAAUAAGAGAGUAAAUUUUUUGCUUUGUGAAUCACGGUCGAGGGGAUUUACAUCAUGAGGAUUGUUUGUGUGGUAUUAUGAAGCAAUAUCGUUGAUUUUACAAGUAGUUGGUUUCGUGCUCAACAUGGGUGUUGGGAAUCUGUGGAAUCUGAGAACAGGGAUUGUUCGAUGUGCUUGUGCUGCAACCCUGUGACUUCUGUGUCAUCGUUGCUUAGGAGCAACAAGUUAACAGCAGAAUUUAUGUUCACAUUUUCUUCUGAUAAAAAAUCAAACCAGACCUACUGUCUUUAGUUUGUUAUCUUUUUCCACUGUCACACGGUUCUCUCUGGAGAUUUAGCAUUGAGUUUGAAGAUUGUGCUUA